AUGCCAUCUAGAAACUCCAUAAAUAAGCCUAAGGACAACAUACAGAGACGUCAGAAAAGUCGUAGUCUGGGGAGACAAAGGGCAGGUGCCCGUAAUAGCACCCGUGUUGUUGCUCCAAAAUCGACCGCUCUAGCAUUAUACAAUGGAACCGCAUCAAAGGGAGGUAUUACUACCAACACCCUUUCUAACAAGAGAAGUAAGAAGAUCGAGAGAAACAAGAAAUACGCCAAGGCUCGUAAUUUGGAUACCGCACAGUUGUUGGCUGACGUGCAAUCAAAACAGGAACAAAUGGAGGUUGAUGAGGCUGUUGUGAAGUCCCAGGAGACCGUGAGGAGCGCUCUGUGGGCCGUGGUGGAAGACGUUGCCAACCACGGAUUCAAAUACCUGGCUGCGGGAGAAGGAACAACUUUGGGCGGACCGAUUAAUACCAUAGGCUUCGUCGAAUCAGGGAACUUGAUUCCCAACUCCAACAAUCUGGAGAACACAUCGGCGAAAUCCUUCAUACAUUUUUCUUCGUCCUUGGCGUACAAUUCCACGUACUCUCUAAACUUGGAGUCCGUCUUCAAUGCCAUAUCUGUGGGGAGCAUCAUGAGGGAUUUGGUUUUGGAGUCCGUGUAUUGCUUAGGUCCAUUCCAAUCCCUGACUUUCCAGUCCUCGUCGAGUAAUAAUUUAAAAAAGUCGUUAGUAACCAUUGUUGGUGAGAAUGUCCAAGGUCCAUCAAAUCCGGAAGCAUUGGUGUGA